AUGCCUCAAGAAUUCAUUUUCGACUCCGAUGACACCGACUAUUCGGAGACCGAUGUCUCCAUCACCGGUCGUAAAGGUCGCACCUCAGUCCGACGCCGCUCUAUCUCCCGCCACCGCCGCCCGGAGGUUGCCUCGGCCGCCUUCCUCCAACCCACGACCCAUGCGACACGAGUGUAUCGCUCAGCCUCGACAGGAGGGAAUCGUCGUCGGGAGCGCGACCCCGGCCCCUCAGUCACAAUCGUGAACGAGCUAGCCCAGCGCUCAAAUAACAACGCCGCCAGCAAGCCCAAGAUGAAGCAAUCCAAAGUGAUCGACGUCGACGAUUUCGAAGAAGACGUGCACCGAUCCCGCCGCCGCGCCGCCAGCGGAAUCUCCCGCGACGCCUCCCCUUUCCAACCUCAACAGCGGGACCUGGAACUCCUCAUGGAGCAGCGCCUGCUCGAGCGCAACGACAACCGCCAGGACCUCGAGCUCUUCAAGCAGCAGCAGGAGAUCGAGCGGCUGGAGCGGCAACUGGAGAAACACCGCGAGCGUGUCGAGCCGCCGCGUGAUUCUCGUGAGCUGCGCAGCCACCGUGCUGAGGAGGAGUGGUAUGAGGAUGAGAUUAGCGAGCGCUUGCGCAAGCUUGAGAAGCAGGAGCGCAAGUCUCACAAUGAAGAGGAGCGUCGUAAGGCGGAUGCCCUGUGGCGCUUGAAGAAGUUUGAAGAAGAGUCUCACCUUGAGGAGGAGCAGCGGAAGGCGAAUGCUCAGUGGCGCUUGAAGAAGUUUGAAGAUGAGACUCGGCUUGAAGAGGAGCGUCGCAAGGCGGAUGCCCAGUGGCGGCUCAAGAAGUUCGAGGAGGAAACUCAUAACGCCGAGGAGCGCCGUAAGGCGGAGCAUGAAUGGCGUCUCAAGAGAUUUGAGGAGGCGGAGAAGGAGGCUGCUGAUCGCAAGGAGCUGAAGGAAAAGAUGGAAGAGCUGAAACUCAAGGAGAUGGCUCGUGAGAAGGAGGAGCGUGAGGAGCGUGAGAGGCUCAAGAAGGAGUUUAUGGACGAACAGGCUCGCGCGGCGAAGGCGGCGCAGGAGAAGAGGGACAAGGAGAUGCUCAUGAAGAAGGCUGCCGUCGAUGAGUGGAAGAUGGAACAGGAAAAGGCCAAGCAGGCGGCUAAAGAGGCCCAAGAAAAGAAGGAUAAGGAAUUCCGUGAGCGUCUGCGCCACGAGUACGGAUAUAGCGAGGAAGAGAUUGAGAAGAUGCUCAACAAGGAGAAACAUAAGAAGGAGGAACACAAGAAGCAUGAGGAACACAAGCACGAAGAGCACAAGACCAUUACUGAGGAGACGAAAACCACUUGGAUCAAGGUUCACCGGAAGCACUUGCUCCCCGAAACCUUGUUGGCGUACAACUUGCCUUGGGACUGGGACGAGCGCGACUCCAACUACAUCAUCAUCAAGAAAUGGGUCACCGAGGACUUCCAGGAAGAACUCUUUGCCCACUCCCGCCGAAUUCGCGAGGGCAAAAUCAUUGCCCAGACGUCCAGCUCCACAACCGAACUCAAGGUCAAUGACCGCAAAAAGGACAAGAUGUAUCUGGUGCGGAAGAAGAGCCCCGGCCGGCGGUUUAUGUUCGUCUAA